AUGUUGUAUGCAAAAUUACAAUCUUAUGUAGGAGAAGAAUUCCUAAUUAAAACUCUUCCAACUUCUAUAUCCAACUUUCCUUCCACCAGAGGAAUUAGAGUUAUGAAAUGUCCAAAUAAUCCCUUGAUAAUUGGAGAAUUAAAACUUUAAGAAGAUCUCUAUCAAUUUUCAAUUAUCCCUCAUACAGAGUUGUAAAUUGAAAAUUAAAUUGUCACAAAAGAAACUAUUUUAACUAAUUUUAGCAGAAUAUACAUUCCAUGUAAAGAAUGUCGAAUAAAACAUUAUUAUACAUUUAUCCUCCCAUUAAGAGAGCCCUUAAAAUAUGAAGCAUAAAGAGCAAUCUAAACUCAAUUUAAUAGAGUACAUGAUAAAGUGUUAUAUGCCAAAUGGACUUAAGAAGAGAAGGAAUUGCUGAAAAAAUUAAUCUUAUAAUUUGGAUAUGGGAGAUGGAACAAAUUAUAAUAACUAAAGUUUGUAAACAAAAGCAAACAAGAAAUUAAAGCCUUUGCAAAUUCUCUUCUUAGAUCUAUAGUGGAAUUGUUAGUAAAUUAUGAUUUAGGCGCUGGAAUAGUGAAUUUAAUUGAGGAAAACCCAGAGGAUCCUUAUAUUGAAACAAAUCAAAGUAUGAAUAAUUCAAUAUACUAUAAUAGAGGAUUGGGAAUUGUAAAAUUUAAAAUAGAAAUUGAUAUCUAUAAGUAAGAGAAUUCUGAUGUUGGCAAAAAUUAGAGAGUUUAUAAAAAAGUUUAAGGAACAUUAAUAAAAAAAUUUAGGAAUAAAAGAUAAAUCAUAAUGUAUAUUGAAUAAUGAUAAAUUAAUAGUAAAAUGGGAUUAUUUAUUGGGAUUCAUUCCUAGUAGUUCAUUUUAUUCACAAAGACCAUCUAUUUGGUGGACAAGAAAACAUGAUAGUGAUCUAAUAAGAGGAGUUUAUUAAUAUGGAUAUACAAAUCAUUUAAUUAUAAAAGAGGCUAGUGAUUUGUGUUUUAAAGAUUUAUCUACAUGUAAAUUAUAAUAUAUAAUAAUUAUUUCUAGCUUAAAAUUAUUAGGAAUUUCCAUUUCCAGAAACAUUAAAUAAGNUCUAUUAAUUAUUAUUAAUAUUCUUAUUUUCAAGCUAAAUAAUAUUUAAAAUUAAUUCAAUGUUGUAUGCAAAAUUACAAUCUUAUGUAGGAGAAGAAUUCCUAAUUAAAACUCUUCCAACUUCUAUAUCCAACUUUCCUUCCACCAGAGGAAUUAGAGUUAUGAAAUGUCCAAAUAAUCCCUUGAUAAUUGGAGAAUUAAAACUUUAAGAAGAUCUCUAUCAAUUUUCAAUUAUCCCUCAUACAGAGUUGUAAAUUGAAAAUUAAAUUGUCACAAAAGAAACUAUUUUAACUAAUUUUAGCAGAAUAUACAUUCCAUGUAAAGAAUGUCGAAUAAAACAUUAUUAUACAUUUAUCCUCCCAUUAAGAGAGCCCUUAAAAUAUGAAGCAUAAAGAGCAAUCUAAACUCAAUUUAAUAGAGUACAUGAUAAAGUGUUAUAUGCCAAAUGGACUUAAGAAGAGAAGGAAUUGCUGAAAAAAUUAAUCUUAUAAUUUGGAUAUGGGAGAUGGAACAAAUUAUAAUAACUAAAGUUUGUAAACAAAAGCAAACAAGAAAUUAAAGCCUUUGCAAAUUCUCUUCUUAGAUCUAUAGUGGAAUUGUUAGUAAAUUAUGAUUUAGGCGCUGGAAUAGUGAAUUUAAUUGAGGAAAACCCAGAGGAUCCUUAUAUUGAAACAAAUCAAAGUAUGAAUAAUUCAAUAUACUAUAAUAGAGGAUUGGGAAUUGUAAAAUUUAAAAUAGAAAUUGAUAUCUAUAAGUAAGAGAAUUCUGAUGUUGGCAAAAAUUAGAGAGUUUAUAAAAAAGUUUAAGGAACAUUAAUAAAAAAAUUUAGGAAUAAAAGAUAAAUCAUAAUGUAUAUUGAAUAAUGAUAAAUUAAUAGUAAAAUGGGAUUAUUUAUUGGGAUUCAUUCCUAGUAGUUCAUUUUAUUCACAAAGACCAUCUAUUUGGUGGACAAGAAAACAUGAUAGUGAUCUAAUAAGAGGAGUUUAUUAAUAUGGAUAUACAAAUCAUUUAAUUAUAAAAGAGGCUAGUGAUUUGUGUUUUAAAGAUUUAUCUACAUGUAAAUUAUAAUAUAUAAUAAUUAUUUCUAGCUUAAAAUUAUUAGGAAUUUCCAUUUCCAGAAACAUUAAAUAAGAGAGUGAAAAAAUUAGUUUAAAUAAUAUAGAAAUUUGAUGGAUUUUAUGAUUUUGAUAAUUUAGCAUAGAGUGAUGAUGAAGAAGAGAAAUCUUGGUCUAUUGCUGAAAAAUAAGCUUUAUUUAAUUUAUUGUGUGAUUAUGGUGUUCCAAUAGGUGUUGAUGGGAGAUAAAAUUGGUAAGAAUUAAAAGAUAAAUUGAUUUUAAAGAUAAAUAAGUUUGAUAAAAAUUUAAAUCAAUUAGAAAAAAUGGUUUAAACAAUUAGAACUAGAUGUGAAUAAAUGUUAAUGAAACAUAAAGAAAGAGAAUUUUUAGAAAGUGAUUCAAGUGAAUUAGAAAUUGAAUAACCUCCUUCAUCAAUUGGAGAAAUAAGAGAUGAAUAAGGGGAUGAAUUUUAGAUUUCAUAUUCAGACAGUUAAAAGUUUAGUAAAUAAACUAAUAUGUUACAUUUUAUAAGAAAGAAUAUAUUACCAUAAAAUUAAGCAUUAUUUUAAUAACAUAUUUAAUAAGUAGAAAAAGAAUUAUUUAUUGAUAUUCCUGAUUAUGAUCCAAAAUAGCAUGAUAUUUAAAUUAUCACAUCACUUUCAUAGACUGGAUUUAAUGGACUUUAACCAAUUACUCUUAGUAACAUUAAUAUAAUAAUGACAACUGAAUAAAUUUUGAAUAGAAUUGAAUAAUUAUGUUCAUUUUUUAAGAAAAUAAGAGAUCAAACAAAUAUAAAAAGAAAACCAGAGUUGAAAGAUGAUUAAUAAAAAAAAAUAAAACCUAAUUCUACAGGAAGUGUAAAUGAAAUUUAAUUACCUUAUUAAGUCAGCACAAGUCUCAAAUUAGUAAGUCUUGGUAGAAUAAUUCCAAGUCCUGCUUAUCAUAGUGAACAUAAUUUAUUUCCUGUAGGUUAUAAAAGUAUAAGAACACAUGCAAGUAUGUUUACUAAAGGUAAAAGAUGUUAAUAUACUUGUGAAAUCUUAGAAGGUAGUGAUGGUAAACCUUUAUUUAAAGUUACUAGUGAAGAAGAUGUUGAUAAUCCUAUAAUCAAGAAUAGUUGUACUGGUUGUUGGGUAUUUUAUAAUAAUAAUAUAUCUAUUAGGUUCACAUAUACAAUAGAAUUAAUGAAUUAUAAGAACAUAAAAAAUCCAAAGUUACUAUUAGUGGAACUGAUAGAUUUGGAUUAUUAGAAGCCAAUGUCUAAAGAUAUUUAGAAGAAUUAUAAAAUGCAGAAAUGUGUUCUAAAUAUAAAUUUAAAUAUAGAAAUGUUGUUUAAGAUUAUUGA